AACCGGCUUGUUUUCAAAUAACACUGUAACUAAAACAGCAGAAUAUGUACUAACAACUCCAAAGUUUAGACACGUCCGAGUCAUAUCAUGCAUAUUUCGUUCCAACCACUUCCCUUUUCAUCUCUGACCACAGCCACAGACUAUUGUUGAGGAGAGGAGGACUGUGGUGUUCUCUCUCGAGUUGUGUGUCAACGCUGCACUGGAGGUGAACUUUGCUAGCCAGAUGCUAACAGUCGCAGCAGCUCCGCAAGACGCGAUAACAUCUGUCAGUUUUGUAGGAAACCUGUUAUUGCCGAUAUAUUUUUAUCUCUGACUAAACAGCCUAUAGGACACGAUCCGUGUUGAUGCUUUAGCAGCGUUACUGUUUUUUUUGUUUGUUUUUUAACAAACGGGAGCCGGACUGAAGUUUAAUAACUCCCUGCAGCGAGCUAACACUUACGUUAGCUAGCGGACGAGCCUUGCCAGAAAGUUCUGUAUUCGGCCUGGCAUUUGAAGUGCUUGCCAACGCUGGACUUUUCUGAGACGUUCGCAGAUUGUCACAAAAAUACGAAACAUGGUGUUCGUGAAGCUGGGUAAGGUGACCAUCACCUUCAUCAGUCCAUAACUGACUUCAAAGUCAGUGAGGUCUGCUGAAAUUUAACAGCAGCAAAACGGCAGCAGAAGGAGAGAAGCUGGACUCAUCCGGCUCCGUAUCCAGGUCCAAAAUGGAGUUAGCGAGUCACAGGGAGAGAGAGGUGAAAGAGGGCAAAAUGCUGGAAAAACAGGAUUCUCAGAGCCAAAAUCCAGGCAGCCUGGGGAAGGCUCACCCGGCUCUCAAAGCCUUUAUGUGUGGCUCUCUCAGCGGCACCUGCUCGACGCUGCUCUUCCAGCCUUUGGAUCUGGUUAAGACACGGCUGCAGACCCUGCAGAACAAUGCCAAGCCGGGUGCACCAAAGGUGGGGAUGGUUACUGUUUUCAUCAAUGUCAUCAGGACAGAGAAGUUCUUCAGUCUGUGGAAGGGAGUUUCACCUUCAUUUGUGCGUUGCAUUCCCGGCGUGGGCAUCUAUUUCAGCACCUUCUACUCCCUGAAGCAGCACUUCUUCCUGGACAGGGCGCCCAAUGCUGGCGAGGCUGUUCUGCUUGGAGCGGGUGCCAGAGCUGUGGCUGGUGUCUGCAUGCUGCCAUUCACAGUUAUCAAGACACGCUUCGAGAGUGGCUGUUAUAACUAUGUGAGCGUGGCUGGGGCUUUGAGGAGCGUGUAUGAGACAGAGGGAGUCAGGGCUCUGUUCUCUGGGCUGACCGCCACGCUGCUCCGAGACGCUCCGUUCUCCGGCAUCUACGUCAUGUUCUACAGCCAGGCCAAGAAGGCGCUGCCUCAAGAGGUGGCUUCGUCAGCCUACGCCCCGCUGGUGAACUUCGGCUGUGGGGUGGUGGCAGGCGUCAUGGCGUCACUGGCCACACAGCCUGCUGAUGUUGUGAAGACCCACAUUCAAAUCAGCCCAUCCCAUUGGAGCACGACAGAUGCAAUUCGCUACAUCUACGCGGAGCAUGGCACGGGUGGGUUUUUUCGCGGGGCCGUACCCAGGUCUCUGCGACGCACUCUGAUGGCUGCCAUGGCUUGGACUGUCUACGAACAGCUGAUGGCUCGAAUGGGCCUCAAAUCCUGAAGAGCACCAAUGAUGAGCCACAAUAAAACAGGACGACAUACGAGGGGAUGAUGAUAUUUGCUCACUGAAAGCUGCACGAAAGAAGUGAAGGGAGUCAUGUAGCUGGUAGAGACAGAGAAUGAGCACUAUAAGAGUUUGAAAAGAGGAAGCAGGUGGAUAAAUUACUGAAAAGUGUGUGUGUGCGCGCACGCAUGUGCAUUUCUUUGUUGAUAUUUCAAUGUUUUUUGAGAAUGUGCCUGUCUGUCUGUGAGUGUGUGAGAGAUUGAUGCUACACCUGACACACUCUUAUAUCAAUCUUGGACUGAAGUGACACUCUCUGCUGUGAAGUGAACUUCUUCCUCCUCUCUCACUACUUAAAAAGAUGCCCUUGACAGAGGGCCUGUAGCUGCGCUUGGCAGCAUAGUCGCCUUUAUGAAGUGCUGUUGAGACAAACGGGACACUCAGCAAGCUGGUGUACCAUUCAUCUGCUGAGGUAACCAAAAAAGCACUGCAGAGAGAGGGGGCUCUGGUUUCUGCCAUAUUUGUGAAAUGUGCAUAAAAUUGGUCCCUGUUUCUUACUUGCCAAUUACCAAGCAGAUAGAUAUUUAAUGUUACAGGCUCAGACAAUCAGAGUCACUCACACAGCUGCAUUAUGGGAAGAAAAUCUCAGUAAAGCCUUUGUUGCCACACUGCUCAAAUCUAUGCUAAUUACAGUUUAUAUGCAACUGUGGUGCAUUUUUGCCUCAACAAAAUGAAACCAGAUGUGCUUUUUAACGGAUUAAAUAGCAGCUGGUCUUAAGAAAUAUAGCUGGAAAUAUUUAGACCUGUGAUGACAUCAGAUCAGGACAUUGUCUCCUCUGUUUUUUUAAGGUAUACUAUGCAGGAUAUGUUGUUGCUGGUGUGUGUGUGUGUGUGUGUGUGUGUGUGUGUGUGUGUGUGUGUGUGUGUGUGUGUGUGUGUGUGUGUGUGUGUGUGUGUG